CCUCUUCUUCUAACGGAGGAAACAUCACCCCUAUUCCGAUCCCAUCCCAUCCCUGACCUCUCCACCGACCUCUCCACUGUACUAGUCCUGCCCCAGAAGACUCCCUCCACGGCAUCCUCUUUUAGCACACAGGCUACCGUGGCAAUAGACCUCUUGAGUGACCUCCAGGUCCAGUACACGGAGAAGCAAAAGAGGAUCAAGCGUCUCUCCGAGAUUUUCAUGGCCUCUUUGGGAACCCUGCACUGGCAGGUUGUCUACACCAAGAGGAGGAUCGAAGCGGCUGAAGAGCGUCUGUGGAGGGAAAGAGCAGCAGGUCACCUCUGCCAAGGCUAUGAUGGUGAUGCAAAUUCUCCUCCACCUGCUGGUUCUCCUCCUGCCUCUGGUUCUCCUCCUGCCUCUGGUUCUCCUCCUGCGGCUGGUUCUCCUCCACCUGCUGGUUCUCCUCCUGCCUCUGGUUCUCCUCCUGCCUCUGGUUCUCCUCCUGCGGCUGGUUCUCCUCCACCUGAUGGUUCUCCUCCUGCCUCUGGUUCUCCUCCUGCGGCUGGUUCUCCUCCACCUGAUGGUUCUCCUCCUGCUGCUGAUGCCUGCUCCUCUUCAUCGUCCCAGCCCCUGCCUGGGCCCAUCUCCCUGCCCUCCCUCUCCCCCACCAGCUCCCCCACUCCCCUCCACCUGCAUCCCCUCCUCACCCCUCCUCCUUCCCCUCCUCUUCUGGAUCCAGAUCUCCACAACCUUCAUGAAGUCCUGCAGGCAAUGACGGAGAUCCAGAUUCACGAGCUGCAGGAGAGCGAGAAAGACCUUGCCAGCAUCAAGGAGGCACAGAGUACAGUCAAGGGGCUGAGGCGGCAGCUGACGAAGCUAAGGAGCCGGCUCUGCAGCGUGGAGGAGAAAGUGGACAUUCGGGUCAGGAAAAGCCAGCUGGACCGUGGUGGAGGAGGAGGAGAAGGCGGAGGGGGGGGAGAUGGGCUUGAUCGGGACAGUUAGGAGGCACAAUGUACUUAUUUCUUUGUUUAGCCUGUAUUUUUAGCAUAGAUCUUUUUGAUUGGCAUUUG